AAUCAAGUGACACACUGAUACAAUCCAUAUUCUUCUUUGAUUUCUAGUCGAAACUAUAUCUCUCGUUACUUCCUUUUUUCUUUUUAAAAAAGCUUUUUUUUUUUUUUUUUUUUUAAACAAUUGCAAGAACAGCAAUUCACUCAGAGCAUGUCUAAAAACCAGGCAGCUACUGGUUUCACUUCCCUCCUUGGUCUCUGCAACUCUCAGUGAUGUGCAGUGAGAAGCAGGAGUGGUGAAACACAGUCCUUGGCAUUUCAGAAGGUUUCUCAUUCCAGGUCCUUGAGUGAUACCCAUGCUGCUUUCUCCUGCAUGCCUGGCCCCCUGAAGAUGCCCAGGAGAGGAUCUUUUGCCCUGUGGACGCUCGUGGUGCUGCUGCAGCCGGCGCUUGUCCCAUCACAGCUGGCAGGCUACCUCCUCAAUCCCUGUUUGGAGGUCAUCCCUAACAAAACUUUCAGAUGCAUGGGACUGAACGUCUCUGGAGUUCCUGCUGAAGUCCCAAAUACCACCCAGAAUUUGGAUCUCAGUUUCAGCAAUCUGAAAUCACUGGGGUCAAAUUAUUUUUCAUCAGUCCCUGAACUUCAGAUUCUGGAUCUUACAAGGUGCCAACUCCAUACAAUAGAAGAUAACUCCUUUAAGGAUCUUCAUAAACUUUCCACCUUAAUUUUAACUGCCAAUUCCCUCCAGUACCGGGGGACAGCAGCCUUCUAUGGCUUAACAUCUUUGAAAAAACUAGUGCUGGUGGAAACCAACAUAACCUCUCUGACUGACCUACCCAUUGGACACUUGCAUACCCUGCAGGAGCUGAAUCUGGGCCACAACAACAUUGCUUCAUUGAAGCUUCCCAAGUAUUUCACCAACCUGACCUCUCUCAGGCACCUGAGCUUUCUCUCUAACAAGAUCACAUAUAUCUCCAAAGGAGACCUUGAUGCCCUGAGGGAAGCGAACAGGCUGAAUCUCACAUUGGUGCUUUCCUUGAAUAAUAUAAAAUACAUACAGCCAGGGUCCUUUGCAAAGAUUCACCUUGGUGAGCUGGUUCUAAGGUCCUCUUUUGAGAACUUCAAUGUGAUGCACACUUCUCUUCAAGGCCUGACUGGUUUACAGGUCACCAGACUAAUAGUUGGAGAAUUCAGCAACAGUCAGAGACUGGUAGACUUUCAGAGCGGACUCUUGAGUGGACUGUGCCAGGUACAAAUGCAAGAGUUUGUCUUAAUCUGUUUCAGGGGAUUUGAGAAUAACACAGACACUCUUUUUAACUGCAUAGGCAAUGUCUCCAGUAUUCGGUUGGUGGACCUCCAACUUGAAGAGGUGUCAGAGGUUCCUAUGUUCUCUCAAGUGAAACAGCUGGAAUGCAAGAAAUGCAAGUUUAAGGAAGUGCCUGCCGUGAAGCUGUCUCUUUUCAAGGAGCUGAGAGUGCUUCGUAUUACCAAGAGCAAACACCUCAAUAGCUUCCAGCAGAAAUUUGAGAGUCUGAGUAACCUGGAGGUCAUAGAUUUGAGUGAGAAUCGCCUCACCUUCACUGGCUGCUGUUCCCCUCAGUUUCACAAGUGUCCAAAUUUGAAACACUUGAACCUAAGCUUCAAUUCUGACAUCAGUGUGACUGGAGAUUUCACUAAUGUAAAGGAUUUGUUAUAUUUGGACCUUCAGCACACAAAGUUGUUAGGUCCUGGCUCCUACCCUGUCUUUCUAUCCCUUCAGAAACUCAUUUACCUUGAUAUUUCCUAUACCAGAACUCUUGUUAAAUCCCAGUGUACAUUUUGUGGCUUGAACUCUUUGCAAGUGCUCAAGAUGGCAGGCAACUCCUUCGAGAACAAUAAAUUGGCCAACAACUUCAAAAACCUAAGUCACCUCCACACCUUGGAUAUUUCAAGUUGCAAAUUAGUACAGGUGGAUCCAAGUACAUUUGAUGCCCUCUCUGAACUAAAAGAGCUAAACAUCAGCAACAAUAAGUUGCUGAGCUUUGAUCCCGUAGUCUACAAGCCGCUCCGAGCCCUCACAGCCCUGGAUUUUAGCAACAACCAGCUGAGUGUUCUGCUGGAGUCAGCCCUGGAAAUCCUGCCUGAUAGUCUGGUCCAGUUAGACAUCUCUCAAAACCUGUUUGAAUGCUCUUGUGUAUACUUGAACUUUCUGAAAUGGAUCAAGGAAAAGCAGGAGCUACUGCAGAACAAGGAGUUGAUGAUAUGCCACACGCCUGCAUCCAUGAAUAACGUAAGCCUGUCAAGCUUUGAUCUGUCGUCCUGCCAUCUCGAUGCAAGUACAGUGUCAUUCUCAGUGAUCACGUUGCUUGCUGUAGUGGUGUUCCUUUUCCUGAUUUACAAGUACUACUUCCAGCUAUACUACUCAUUGGUGCUGCUCAGUGGGUGUAAACACUCUGCAGAAAGGGGUGACACCUAUGAUGCAUUUGUUAUCCACUCCAGCAAAGACCAAGAAUGGGUGAUAAAAGAGCUGGUUGAACCCUUAGAAGGAGGAACACCUCCCUUCCAGCUUUGUCUUUACUACAGGGAUUUCCUACCAGGGAUACCCAUUGUCACCAAUAUCAUCCAAGAAGGUUUUCUGAGUAGCAGGAAUGUCAUCGCGGUCAUCUCUACUAACUUCCUGGAAAGUAAGUGGUGUAGCUUUGAGUUUGACAUUGCCCAGUCCUGGCAGCUUGUUGAAGGAAAGGCUGGAAUCAUCAUGAUUGUACUAGAAGAAGUGAAUAAGGCCUUGCUGAGGCAGAGGCUGGGGCUGUCCCGAUACCUGAAGAGGAACACCUAUCUGGAGUGGAAAAACAAGGAAAUAAGUAGGCACAUCUUCUGGAGGCAGCUGACAGGAGUCCUGCUAGAAGGCAAAAAAUGGAAUCACGAGGCGGUGAAGCUCAUGUGAAGAGAAAGAGAGAUCACUUCUCUCCUAUCUCCCAUCCUGGCCAUGGCUGAUGGCUGGUGCUCAGGAGUUGGUUCUUCUGCGGCUGUUCAGAGUUGGAGGAAGUGGAUGGAGGCACUGUAAAAGCACUACAGAAAUACCUGCCUUGCUGGUGACCCUUUCUCAAGGGAACUUGCAAGCUAAGGAGUGACAACAGCUAGAAGAGCUGCACAUGCCUGAGCUCCAUGUUUGUCUGCAGCUGUCAACCAAAGCUGGUCCAGCAAUCCACACAGGUCUGGUGGGUUGGUGAAUAGGCGGACUGCUCUUACUGUCAUUUGUCUGCCUCUGAAACUGAACUUGCAUCCUGGGGCCAUUUACCCAGUGGAACUUCAGGGUCCGUUGCUUUGAGUGGACCCCAGGAUCUCCAGGGGAGAGCAAAGGUGCAGGAUUCUUGGCUCUAAAAAUGGUGGGAAACAGAAACAAGAUUUGGAUCCUGAAAGUCUUGGGUCCGCCUCCUUAGGCACCAUGACUCAGGGGAAAAACCCUACAGAGAGAAAUGGGAUGCCCUACAGCCAUAAACCACCUGGCAGCUACUCAGUGCAGCUGAGCAGUUACGUUGUCAGUGUGGGGGGAGGUUGCCAUUGGUGGGAAAUUUCCCCAACAUGUUUAUUUCAGUUUUCUUUAGACCAAAACCAAAUACUGAAACCCCCAAAUAUUUCCAUCACCUGGAACUCUUAUUUAUAUCCAGAUUAUGUAGCAUUUGAGAGAGUGGUUUGAGGUUUUCUUGUGGGAUCCAAAAAUCAGUGCGACCAGAAGAAGCCAUAGAAAUGCUUAACACCUUUAAAAUCGAGGUAUUUCUUUGCUCCAACUGCUUCUCAUCAUCCAAUGUUUUUGGAUAUACUGUGUGGGACUGCCCUAUAUGAGCAAGAUUGAGCCUGAGCAAAAUGUUUUGAUGUUUACAGCCAGCCAGUUCUAGCAUAAGCUUUUCCACUCUCUGGACUAGCCUUAAUUCUGUUGGAAGGUGCUGUAGGAGCUUCCAGCCCAUGGGUUGAAAUGGACUUCGGAUAUGUUCAGACCUAGCAAUGAGGCUGAGAGUCCCUCUUCCUUUCCCCCAUCACAUUGUGGCAGCCUCUGGUCCUGGUAGGCAUCUCCACAUGUGUGGUCAGCCUCUCCCAGGGUUCAGCUGCUAGGUUGAACAGGGCGGUCACUGGACGGGAGAGUUCUGCCUUUGUUUCAAUAAGAACGUGCCUGACAUUUUGCAGGGAGAAGAGAUAGAGGAGAAAAGUCUGGGUUAGCUAAACUGAAUGUAUCCCAGCACUGCUCUGAAUAAAAGGAAGGAAAGUCUAAAUGCCACUGAAUCGUAUUACAGAGCACUCCAUUGAUGUGUCGAAUAUUGAAUAGUGUUGGAGUAUUGCUCUCUAUUUAUGAAAGGCUUUGGUUGGGAUUAAUCACUGAAUUACUCUAGUUUUAAACUUGCAAAUCCUUCUAUAAUCAAUGACGUUCUACAGAGGGAAAACAGAAGCAAUUGAGUGGUGAAUCAGAUCUGAUAUUUAUUCAGAAGAAAGGGCCUGAUCCAUCUCACUUUUCUAAGCACCAGUCAGCGACAUCUCCGUGGAAGCCACUGAUAAGUGAGAUCAACAUCAGACACUGUUUGAAAAAGAGGGAGAGCUAGUUCCAGGGCUUGCGCUGGCAAAAGCUGAAUCACAGUUCCCUCUCUCUGUGUGGUGUCAGUAGUAUAUUGGGAUAACACUACCAAAAAACCCCACAGCCCUCUCUACGUUUUUUUGUGACCCAUGAGACGAAGCUUUAAUAAAACUAAGCCCGAUGCUGUGUUCA